UUUCAGCUGUUCACAUCACAACCAAUCAUUAAGUAUUGUGCGGAGUGUAGCUGGCCAAUGAGAAGUGAUAAUAUUGCCUUGCGCUACAUUCAAUGUGACAGCUCGGAGCAUGAGCCAGCAUGGAACGUAGACGUUUCACACAGACAACGGGAAUGCUUUAACGGAUUUAUACGUUUCAUUAUUUUUUUUUUAAUGCUGCAGCCGAUAAUUUGGGCAGAAUGUUUCGUGGGUGGAAGGCUCUCCUGCAGAAAAGGCUUGCAGUUAAGUUAUCAUGGAGAUACAGCAGUGGAAUUGCUGUAGAAAGAGCUUUGACAUAUAAAGUGGGACAAAAGAUUCAUGGGUUCACGGUUAACCAGGUAACUCCAGUUCCUGAUUUGUUCUUGGCGGCAGUUAAACUGACUCAUGAUGGAACAAGGGCUCAAUAUCUCCAUGUUGCAAGAGAAGAUUCAAAUAACUUAUUCAGUGUCCAGUUCAGAACCACUCCAAUGGACAACACUGGAGUACCACAUAUACUGGAGCAUACCGUUCUUUGUGGCUCUGAGAAAUAUCCAUGUAGAGACCCAUUCUUUAAAAUGUUGAACAGAUCACUGUCAACCUUUAUGAAUGCUUUUACAGCUAGUGAUUUCACAAUGUAUCCAUUCUCAACACAGAAUGGUAAGGAUUUUCAGAACCUCUUAUCUGUUUAUCUGGAUGCAGCAUUUUUCCCUUGUCUUCGUGAACUGGACUUUUGGCAGGAAGGGUGGAGGCUAGAAAAUGAAAAUCCUACUGAUCCGAAGUCUCCAUUGGCUUUCAAAGGUGUGGUCUUCAAUGAAAUGAAAGGUGCCUUUGCAGAUAAUGAGAGGCUGUUUGCUCAGUAUGUUCAAAAUAUGCUGCAUCCUGAGCAUACUUACUCGGUUGUGUCUGGUGGAAAACCCCUUCAUAUUGUUGAUCUUUCUUGGGAGCAACUGAAGAAGUUUCACGCUACUUACUACCACCCAAGCAAUGCCAGAUUUUUCACUUACGGAGAUCUUCCUUUAGAGCAGCAUCUAAAACAAAUUCAUGAAGAAGCACUCUCUAGAUUAUCAGCUGCAGACACAGAUACAGCAGUUCCUUCACAGCCACGUUGGGGAGAGCCAAGAGAGCAUCAUGUGACUUGUGGUCCAGAUCCACUAGCACCAGAUCCUUCUAAGCAAAAUACUGUUUGUAUUAGCUAUUUGCUAGGAGACAUUUCAGAUACAUUUGAAAUUUUCACGUUAAACCUCCUGUCAUCGUUACUGGUGUCUGGACCAAACUCUCCCUUUUACAAAACUUUGAUAGAGGCAAAUAUUGGAACGGAUUUUACAUCUGUAUCGGGCUUUGAUGGAAGCACAAAGGAUGUUUCAUUCAGUGUUGGGCUACAAGGAGUUGCAAAGAAAGACAUUGAAACUGUUAAGUGUAUCAUACCACAAACAAUUGAUGACAUUAUUGUUAAUGGAUUUGAGAAGGAAAGAAUAGAAGCUCUGCUUCACAAAAUUGAAAUACAGAUGAAACAUCAGACAGCAAAUUUUGGACUGGCACUUGCAUCAUAUAUUGCAUCAUGUUGGAAUCAUGAUGGAGAUCCUAUUGAGACAUUGAAGAUAAGUGAAAAAGUAUCCAGAUUCAGACAAUGCCUUAAAGAAAAUCCAAAAUUCCUUCAGGAGAAAGUCAAACUGUAUUUUAAGGAUAACCCUCAUCGUUUAACCCUUUCAAUGAGUCCAGAUGAAUCAUACUUUGAGAAUCAAGCUAAAAUGGAAGCAGCCAAGCUGCAAGGGAAAAUUACUGCUUUGACUGAGAAUGAUAAAAAAGAAAUAUUUGAUAAAGGUUUACAGCUGAUAGCUGCCCAGAAUACACCACAUGAUGCUUCUUCUCUCCCAGCCCUGAAAGUAUUUGAUAUUCAGCCAAAAAUUACUUUCACAGAAGUUGAAAUUGGAAAUGCAGGUGAAGCACCAGUUCAGUACUGUGCACAACCUACCAAUGGCAUGGUUUAUUUCAGAGCAAUGUGUAGCCUGAACUCUCUUCCUGAAGAUCUCAAAGUAUAUGUUCCUCUAUUCUGCAACGUCAUUACAAAAUUAGGAUGUGGAAUCCUAGAUUAUAGACAGCAAGCUCAACAGAUUGAGUUGAAGACCGGAGGAAUGUCUGCCUCACAACAGGUUAUUCCAGACUGCAAUAGCCUGGAUAUAUAUGAACAGAGUAUUAUGCUUGAUUCUAUGUGCCUGGAGAGAAAUCUACCUGAUAUGAUGCAACUGUGGAGUGAUAUUUUUAAUGCUCCACAUUUUGAUGAUGAAGAACGACUGAGAGUUCUGGUUAUGAUGGCUGCCCAGGAGCUUUCUAGUGGAAUUGCAGACUCUGGACACAUGUAUGCAAUGAUAAGAGCUGGAAGGACUCUCACUGCUUCAGGGGACUUAAAGGAAAUAUUUAACGGCAUGCAUCAAGUCAAAGAGAUGAAACGAAUUGCAGAGAUGACAGAUCUCACGCUAAUUUUACGCAUGCUUCCACGAAUAAAGAGAUACAUAUUCAGUCAAGAGAAUAUACGAUGUGCUGUUAAUGCAACUCCUUCUAAACUAUCAGAUGCUUCCAGAGAAGUGGAGAAAUUUAUUAAUGGAAUUGCAAGGAAGAAAAAAGAUAGAAAAGGUUCCCGUCCAAACAUCAUUGAGAAGCCACUAAAUCCACUGAACGAAAAAACUUUUAUUCCCGGGACUGGUAUUAGCAGAAAACUAAUUUCUGACCCUAGUUUUAAACCCUGCCAAAUGAAAACAUACUUUCGGCUUCCUUUUCCUGUUAAUUAUGUCAGUGAAUGCAUUCGAACAGUUCCAUACACUGACAAAGAUUUUGCAAGCCUUACUGUUCUUGCACGAUUGAUGACAGCAAAGUUUUUACAUGUUGAAAUUCGAGAAAAAGGUGGAGCUUAUGGAGGGGGAGCAAAAAUGGGCCAUGGCGGACUGUUUGCCUUUUAUUCUUACAGAGAUCCAAACUGCCUAGAAACUCUGUCUACCUUCAGAAAUGGAUCUGAAUGGGCUAAAGCUGGACAGUUCAAGGAGCAGGACAUUGAUGAAGCCAAACUGUCUGUGUUUUCGGCCGUAGAUGCACCAGUAGCACCAUCAGACAAAGGGAUGAACCUCUUCAUGUGUGGGAUUUCUGAUGAACUGAAGCAGCAGUUUAGAGAGCAGUUAUUUGCAGUUGACAAGAGCAGCAUUGUUGAUGUUGCCAACAAGUAUCUUGGAUUUGGCCAAAGAACUGCUGCCGUUGCAAUUUUAGGGCCAGCAAAUGAUAAGGUUAACAGCGACCCAUCAUGGGUAGUGCGAUGACUGAGGAAAAAUUAAACACAAACACUACAAAGGAAGAAGUGCUCUGCCACUGUAGCUCUUACCCUCAACAUGUUUUUUUUCCAGUUAUACCUUUGCAAUAAGGUAUGGUAAUAAGGUAUGACAUUCCACUGAAAUUUGGUAAUUUUAUUUCAGUGUAGAUUACACAAAUUCUACAUUUUUCACAUUUCUAAUACUUCAUUUGAAAUUCUCAGUUUUAAUUCACCUGUUUUUAACCCAUGCAGUGUUUUGAAUCCGUGCUCUGUGCCUUCUGAAACUUGGCAAAGAUUAUACUGAAAAACUCUAUCAUCCGUUUUAAAUAGUAGAGAUCAACUGAACGACGUUUUGACGUCUGUUUUGUACACAGAAAGGAUUAUAACUAAUAAAUAUAUUAUUGUUAAUUAAGUGUCUUGACUCGGAAUACCUUUGUUCUGUUGCACAUUGCAGUAUUUUAAAGGUUGUUUGUGUAUGGACCUUGUGGCCUGCUAACAUCCUUUGUAAUACGAGACCCUGCACUACUAUGUCAGUUAGCUUUAGCCUAACUGGUAUAAGGAGUCAAAAAUUCCUUUUUUAGCUUAUGAAAGAAUUGUGUUUAUAAUCCUUAUUUACUUUGAAAUGUACUUCUGUUAAUUUAACAGGUUACUUACAAUGUGCUGUGCACAACACUGUACGUUAUAUGACUGUGUAGAGUGAUUAAACUUCUCCAUUUACUUGCA